CCAUUGCUCAUCAACGAACUGAUAUGCCACUAUGGAGGUCAAUAACUCACUCCGAGCAUCUCAAUCUGCUGAAUCUCAAUCCACUGAAUCCGAAUAUGCUGAAUCCAAUCAAUCUCAGCCUCGCCACCGAUACCUAUCACGUGAUGAAUGGAUCCAGGUUUAUACACUUCGAGAUGUUGGAUGGCAAUUGGACGAUAUUGUGAAGAUGCUCAACAUCUCCUGGGCUCAAGCUCAGUGCUGCCUCCCAUAGAGUGACUCCUAGGAAGCGCCCAGGGUAUCCUCCAGUACUCAGUGAGGAGUAGAUAGAUGAGAUAGAGCUAUUCGUUGUCUCUAGCAAGACUGGAAGGCUGAUAAGCUAUCUAGAGCUUUCAGUACAAUUUUCCGAGUUCCAGGUCGGUUCCGAAGCUAUUAGAUCUGCCUUGAGAUGCAGAGGUUAUAAACGAUACGUCGCACACCAGAAGCCCCCUCUAUCGGAGGCUAAUAAGCGGAAAAGGCUCUAUUGGGCACAAAAGCAUGUAAAUUGGACACGAGAACAAUGGUAUUCAAUCCUAUGGACUGAUGAGAUCUGGGUUAUGGGAGGCAGGCAUAGGAAGUGCUGGGUGACC